UAUAUAUGAGUCCGGAGGGAGUACUAUAUAAUAUAGAAUUUAAUUUAUAUGUACCGUCGGUGUAAAGUUAUUUUGCACAUGCGUCCAAUAAAAAACUGACACAUCAUGUAUGAUCAUUAAAAAUACAUGAUGUGUCACAUUCAUUAAAUGACGUGACAACGUGUCAUUGAAUGUAUGUAUAAAAAUAAUUUAUACCGACGGUGCAUAACAAUUAAUCUAUAUAAUAUAUACCCAGUAAAGAGUAGGGUAGUAUCAAGAAAGAAACAAUUGCAGUCGCAGAGGAGAGAGAUCCAUGGACAUGAUGAAGAUGUUGUAUCUUCCUCAUGAAUUGAUCAUCCAAAUCCUUCUAAGAUUACCAGUGAAGUCUCUUAUACGCUUCAAAUGUGUUUGUAAGUCUUGGUUUUCUAUAAUCUCUGAUACCCAUUUUGCAAAUUCACAUUUUGAAGUUACCGCUGCAACACACACUCAUAGUCAUAGAGCUUUGUUCAUAUCACGUGCGUUACCUUAUGAAACUCGAUCUAUAGAUUUAGAACUAUCAAUUGACGAUGAUAGCGCUUUUGCUUCACUUAACCCCAUUAAUUUUAUGCGCUCCGAACCUUUUAUUGAUAUUAUAGGUUCAUGUAGAGGAUUUAUACUUCUGUUUUGUUAUCCAAGCUUCUAUAUAUGGAAUCCAUCCACUGGACUUCACAAACAUAUACCUUUGUCUCGUAUUAGGGUCAAUUUAAAUCACUUCUAUGGUUUUGGGUAUGAUCAAUCAACAGAUGAUUACUUGAUGGUUUCAUUGUCAUCUGAUACAAUCUCAUCAUACUUGGAGUUUUUCUCAUUCAGAGCUAAUACUUGGAAACAAAUCGACGAGGUUACUCAUAUUCACUAUUCGAGUGCCACCAACGAUGAUUGCGAAGCAGGGUCACUCUUUAAUGGGGUUAUUCAUUGGUUUGCUUACCGUCGUGAUUUAGAAAUAGAUGUUAUUGUUGCCUUUGAUUUAAUGGAAAGGAAACUCUUAGAUAUGCAUUUGCCAGAUCAGUUUGACCAUGACCUUCGCAAUUGUGGUUUGUGGGUAUUUCGAGAAUUUCUUAGUCUAUGGGCUAGGAAUUAUGAUAAUGAUACAAUUGAAAUAUGGGUGAUGAAAGAAUACAAACUGCAUUCCUCUUGGACAAAGACUCAUGUUCUUCCUAUUGAUGCCAUUCCCGCUGGUUUCCAUUUCCCUUUAAGCUCUACAAAAAGCAGUGAUAUUGUUGCAACAGAUGGUUUUACUGGAUUUGUGAAGUAUAAUGAUGAAGGACAGUUAUUAGGGCAUCACUCCUACUUUAACCAGACAUAUGGAUCCCGUGUGGUCAUGUAUACAGAGUCUUUGCUUUCACUCCCCGGGGACAAUCUACAAGCUUAAGAAGAUGGCACAAACAAGAACAACAACGAGGUUGUGAAAUAUUUUCCAUUUUUUUCUUGAUAUCUAUAAUUAUAUUGUAGGGUAAUAUGUGUUUAACUGCAACUGUAACAUGAGCGGCUCCAAUAUGUCAUGAAAGUUUUAUUGCUCAACUAUUUGUAUUAAUGCUUAUUUGAAAUAUUAUGUUAACUUUGUGCAAUUCAAUUGAGUUCUAACUUCUAAUAUAUGUUGUGGUCACUACUUGAAAUUGUUUUAUAUGGUAAAUUAGUCUCACAA